UUUAAUGAAUAUGACAUUAUGCUUAAAGAUGCUGGAGAACGUUUUCUUCUAGUAUACGGAUGUACUGAAGAUGAACACAUGUCGUUAAAUGCGCACAAGUACUGUUUCUUGAAAUCUGCCAAUAAUCGCACUUUCAAUUUCGCGAUGUUGCCUCUUACAUCAGCAUCCGCACAACAACACUCAUUGCAAACAUAUUAUCAGGUUCAACAGUGGCGUGGAAAGAUAAACAAUCUGGUGGAAUGGGGAUGGUAAUGCCAAAACAUUGGCCUUACUCCGAUUAUUACGACUAAGAAACCGGACAGUACCGGACAUACUAUUUUAAACGAUUUCCUGCAAGUGCAAAAAAGGAUGUCGGU